GGAAGCGACGCUUAGCGGGUGGGAGGGAGGAGAGGAGACUGGGGAUGAGGCUGGCGCGACGGCAGGGAGCCCCCCCGGCAUAUGCUCGCGGGAGCUGAGAAGUCCCCCCCUCCGGCUGGGAGGCUGUGGCGGCAGGAGAGAUGGGCUCUCAGGACGUGCUCAGGGAGACGACCCGGCUGGCCUCCUCCAGCGCCCUCCUGCAGAUACUGUUCCGGGUGAUUACUUUUGGCUUAAAUGCUUUUACUCUACGAUAUGUAUCAAAGGAAAUCAUUGGCCUAGUGAACGUAAGGCUGAUGCUGCUUUAUUCCACAGUUGUUUUCUUAGCCAGAGAAGCAUUCCGCAGAGCUUGUCUGAGUGGAAGUACAAAGAGAAAUUGGAUGAAAACGUUUAAUCUUUUGUGGUUAACAGUUCCUUUGGGUGUGUGUUGGUCAUUAUUCCUGGGCUGGAUCUGGCUGGAUAUACUUGAAGUUCCUGAUGCAAAUGCUGUUCCUCACUACAAAUUUGGCGUAGUUGUUUUUGGUCUUUCUGCUGUGGUUGAACUCCUUGGAGAACCUUUUUGGGUCUUAGCCCAAGUACACUUAUUUGUAAGGUUAAAGGUAAUUGCUGAAAGUCUCUCAGUCAUUUCCAAAUGCUUUUUGACAGUUAUUCUAGUAGUUCUGUAUCCUCACUGGGGACUUUACAUCUUUUCUUUGGCCCAGCUUUUAUAUACCAGCAUUCUGGUACUGAGCUACAUAGUUUAUUUCAUGAAGUUUUUGGGAUCUCCAGAAGCAAUCAAAAAAUCUUUUCCAGUUACUCAUAUGACAUCUGUUUUACCCAGUUUUGAACAAGAUGAGGCUUUUGUUAACUGGAAAGAAGCUAAAUUGACCUGGAGUUUCUUUAAGCAGUCAUUCCUGAAACAAGUUUUAACAGAGGGUGAGAGAUAUGUAAUGACCUUCCUGAAUGUGUUAAAUUUUGGAGACCAAGGUGUAUAUGAUAUAGUGAAUAAUCUUGGGUCGCUGACUGCUAGAUUUAUAUUUUUGCCAAUAGAAGAAAGUUUUUAUGUUUACUUUGCUAAAGUUCUGGAAAGGGGAAAGGAUAUCAAGGUACAGAAACAGGAUGAUAUCUCCAUGGCAGCAGCUGUAUUAGAAUCACUGUUAAAACUAGUUCUUCUGAUUGGCCUCACCAUCGCAGUAUUCGGUUAUGCCUAUUCCCAGUUGGCGCUGGAUCUUUAUGGUGGUUCGAUGCUCAGUUCAGGAUCAGGUCCAAAUCUUCUGCGUUGCUAUAGUUUAUACGUCUUGCUGCUUGCUGUUAAUGGGGUAACAGAAUGUUUUACAUUUGCUUCAAUGUCUAAAGAAGAAGUGGACAGGUACAAUUUUGUCAUGCUUGCUUUGUCCUUCAUAUUUUUAUGCAUGUCUUAUUUUUUGACCUAUUGGCAAGGCAGCAUAGGAUUUAUCCUUGCAAACUGCUUCAACAUGGGGAUCCGAAUAGCACAUAGCAUCCACUACAUCUACAGAUAUUUUGGAGAGAGCCCUUAUAGGCCUUUAAAAGGCUUGCUUAUCUCACCGUUGCUGAUUGUUGUUUAUAUAAUCAGUGGAGUGGUCACUGGUGUUUCAGAGGUAUUCCUGUGCUGUGAUAAAGGAUGGAUAGCAAGGUUAAUUCACAUUGCUGUGGGAGCGCUGUGCUUUACAGUAACUGUUGCUACUAUAUUUUUCACAGAGACGAAGCUGAUCCAUUUUGUUAGGACACACUUUUUGUCAAAAUAUACCAAAGAAGGACUAAAGUGAUCAUGCUCAAGUUCCUCUAAGCAUAUAUGUAUAUGUUGGGUUCAGAGGUUUUAUAUUAAUUUAUAUGAUGGAUUAACCUAAAGGGUAAAGAUGUAUUGGUUGACAUCCAUAUUAAAUUACAGAAGAAUAGUUCCCCAUUAAUUUCAAUGGGACUGUUCAUGAGUAACUUGGUCAGGAUGCCAGCCAUUGACUCUAAUGCAAAGGUGGGCAUUAGGUAGCUUGGAGCUCCUGGGCUUAUCCAAAGUAGCUCUCCAGGUGUUUGGACUUGCUUUCCCCUUCCAGUCUAUACUGCAAGUCUGAUUGGCUGGCUGAGAGGGGGCAAGACUGCAUCAUUCAUAAUCAUUCCCCGGCCUUUGGGUGCUCAGGGUUGUGUUUACUUCAUCUCCCAUUAAUUUCUCUCCAAUUUCUUCCUCUACAAAGCAACCUCUCUUGCUUCCCUUCUGUCCUGAAUUAAAACUACCUUCUAAUUCAGUGGUUUUGAUAUUAAAUUCCUGAUUCAGUUGAUGUAAAUUUUUGUACAAGCUGCCAUUUUGCAACUGGUUCUGCCUCUCUUAAGCCACCAUCUUCUGACUGGUUCUGCCUGCCCAAGCUGCUGUUUCAUGUUGGUAGCUCCCAAGAAUCUGGGGGUGGGGAAAGUAACUCACAGAAGCCUUAAGUCUGCCCACCCUCGCUCUAAUGUAUGUCUGAUUCUGUCAGUGAAAAGUACAUGGUUGGCAACCAUUGUAAGGUUUCACGUUCAAAGGUGAGUUUUGAGCACAAAGUAACUUAAGCUGACAGAUUUACUUCAAAUCUAUAAAAUGGUGCCAGGGUCAAACAACUUGGAUAAGCAAAGGGUUGCCUUGUAAGUAUAUGAAAAGCUGGGGGUUACUGCUUAUUAGUGUGGUGAUGCAGAUGUUUUUCAAACUAUGCAUAAUCACUGAUGGCACUAGCUGGUGGCUAGAGAAUGUCGUGUAUUACUACUGUGAAGGCAUUUAAACUCAUAUUCCACUUGAAAAAUAUUUUGGAGACUGGAGGUGUCUCUCAGCUAAUAGCUGCUGUUAAAACCUUUCUUACCAAACUGAUUUUCAAAGAAAAAGAAGUAUUACAUGCAUGCUAUAGCAGAUUUAGAUAAAUUGUCCAACAUUUCUUACAUUCAAAUAUCAUUGUGUAGUAGAUUUUGAUUCAUUUUGGGAUUGUUUUGCUUUAAUUUCUUUCAUCUGAGCGUUUGGGGCACUCUGUUAUAUAUACACAUGGACAAAUAUGUUGGUACCCCUCCACGAAAAAAGAAGAACCCACAAUUGUCUCUGAAAUAACUUGAAACUGACAAAAGUAAUUGGCACCCAUCAUUGUUUAUUCCACAUUUAACAAAAAUCAGACUUUGCUUUAGAGUUUUGAUGCAACAGAAUAUUUCAAAUAAUAACACAAAUGAAAACGGCGUGGACAAAAUGAUGGGACCUUUAACCUAAUAUUUUGUUGCACAACCUUUUUUGUUGCACAAUCACUGCAAACAAGUGAUUCCUGUAGCUCUCAAUGAGAGUUCUGCACCUGUCAACAGGUUGGCCCACUCUUCCCAAGCAAACUGCUCCAGCUGUGUCAGGUUUGAAGGGUGCCUUCUCCAGACUGCAUGUUCGAUAGGAUUCAAAUCAGGGCUCAUAGAAGGCAACUUCAGAAUAGUCCAAUAUUUUGUUCUUAGCCAUUCUUGGGUGCUUUUAGCUGCGUGUUUGGGGUCAUUAUCCUGUUGGAGGAUUCAUGACCUGCGACUAAGACAGAGCUUUCUGACACUGGGUAGUAUGUUUCGCUCCAGAAUGUCUUGAUAGUCUUGAGAUUCUAUUGUUCCCUGCACAGACUCAAGGCACUUCAUGCCAGAUGCAGCAAAGCAGCCCCAAAACAUAACCCAGCCUCCUUCAUGUUCCACAGUAGGUAUGGUGUUCUUUUCUUUGAAAGCUUCAUUUUUUCAUCUGUGGACAUAGAGCUGAUGUGACUUGCCCAAAAGCUCCAGUUUUGUCUCAUCUGUCCAAAAAACAUUCUCCCAGAAGCAUUGUGGCUUGUCAAUAUGCAUUUUAGUAAAUUCCAGUCUGGCUUUUUUAUGUUUUUCUUUCAAAAGUGGAGUCCUCCUGGGUCUUCUUCCAUCGAGACCACUGUCACUCAAAAAGUGACAGAUGGUGCGAUCAGACACUGAUGGACCUUGACCUUGGAGUUCAGCUUGUAUCUCUUUGGAAGUUGUCCUUGGCUUUUUUGUCUACCAUUCUCACUCUCCUUCUGCCCAUUGAUUUUCCUCAUGCGGCCGCAUUCAGGGAGGUUGGCUACAGUCCCAUGGACCUUGAACUUCUUAAUAAUAUUUGCAACUGUUGUCACAGGAACAUCAAAUUGCUUGGAGAUGGUCUUAUAGCCUUUGCCCCUUAACAUGUUUGUCUAUAAUUUUCUUAUCUCCUCAGACAACUCUCUCCUUUGCUUUCUCUGGUCCAUGUUCAUUGUGGGACACACGAUGAUACCAAACAGCAGAGUGACUACUUUUCUCCAUUUCAAUAGGCUGAAUGACUGAUUGCACGAUUGGAGACAUGUGUGAUACUAAUUAAAGAAAACAGCUAAUUUGAAAAAUCACUCUAAUCCAAUUAUUUAUGAUCUUUUCUAGGGGUACCAACAAAGUGUCCAGGCCACUUUAAAAUAUCUUUGUAGAAUACUUUAUCUCUUUUCACACUUGCUUUGCUUUACUCGAUGACAUAUCAAAGGCAUGCAGGUAUACAUGGGGCAAUUGCUUUUCAGGAGGCAUAAAACACUUUUUCAAUGAGCUGUAAGGGUACCAACAAAUUUGUCCAUGUGUGUAGUAGUAUUCAAUCAAUCAGUUUAUUAUGUACAGUUCUUGCAGUCUUGAUGAGCAUUCCUGACCACUGCAAAAGUGCCUCUUAUAUCACAUGCUAUAAAUCCUUCCACUACAUAGAGGCAUCAUGGAACAAAUCUAGAUAAUUUGCUUCAACAUAGCCUGCUCUGCCAGUCUUUCUUUUUUUCUUGUUUGAAAUGGUAUUGUCUAAAAUGGUUUUAGAACAGCAAGAAUAGACAUAAAUGUAAACCUCUUGGAGACUGGAGAUUGUCAUAUAUGGAUUGCCAUCAGGGAUUUUCAUUUGAAUUGCAUUUAAUUGCGCCAAGUAUUAAAAUGGAUACAUGUUUGCUUAAAGCAACAUAUUGUUUCUUUUGAAGGUUGCUGUAUGUACUAGGGAAAAUAAUGCAUUGGAAUAUAACAUUAAAAAAAACCUUAUUGGAGAGGAGAGCUGUUCUUGUGGUAACAACCAUGACUUGUCCCUCUAGCUAAGCAGGGUCUGCCUUGGUUGCAUUUGAAUGGGAGACUACAUUUGAGCAUUGAAAGAUAUUCUCCUCAGGGGAUGGAGCCACUCUGGGAAGAGCAGAAGGUUUCAAGUUCCCUCUUUGUUAUCUCCAAGAUAGGGCUGAGAGAGAUUCCUGCUUGCAACCUUGAAGAAGCUGCUCCUAGUCUGUGUAGACAAUACUGAGCUAGAUAGACCAAUGGUCUGACUCAGCAUAUGACAGCUUCCUAUGUUCCUUUGUUCCUAUGUAAAUAUCUGGAGAAUUAAAACAAAAGCCAGAACACAGUGUUAGAAAAUACAGUACAGGAAGAUCUCGUUAUUUGCAGGUCCUGCACUUGCAGAUUUACGUAUUUGCGGUCUGGUAAUUAGCACCCAACCUCAGUCUAAUGUAAAAAAGUUAAUACAGGGUUAAACCCACAUAUCCGCUGGAAAUGACCUUGGAGGUCAUUUCUGGCCACCAUUUUGAUUGCUAGAGUGAUGGCCGUUUUUUUGGCCAUUUUAUUGCUGAAACCAGGGCAAAAACAGAUUUUUGGCCAAUUUCAGUGCAGUGGGGCACUUUGCAACACUUUGUAAGGCACUUUGGGAGGCAUCUGGAGGUGACUGGGGAAAACCAGGGGCAACAACCACGAUUUCUUUCCAAUUUAUUGCACCGGGAGCCUAACCUCCCAAUUCCCAUUGCUCUAAUGCCCUGUUAUUUGCGUAUUCGGUAUCCACGGCUCCCCCACAAAAUGCAACCCCUGCCAAUAACGGGGUUCUCCUGUAUGGACAAACUGAUUUGUUUGUCAAUACAAUGGAAACAUGAAAAGCAUUAAGAACUUAAUCAUUCAAUAAGACGUCAUGUUACUUGAAACAAUGACUAAAGCAUGAAACUGAGUGCUUCUAAAAAUGAUUUUGUGUAGAAAAAUGUGUUAAGCUUGACUCACCAACACUGGAAUUUCCCCAGUGGAUUUUUUUUUUUUUUUUUUUUGCAUCUAAUGAAUUCAGUGCAUUAAUUGUAUCCAAUAGCCAGGGUUCAAAUAACUGUGACAAUGAUUAUGCGAGUCAGUGAUGAUUUUAGACUUACUUUUGUUGAACAGGAACUGAUGGAGGGUUUCAAAAGUAAUUUGAAUAGCUUGUUUCUGCUGCCUCCCUCUGGUAAUGUCUCACAGUAGCUGAUCAAAAAAGUUAGGCUUUUCAUUGGACUUACAAAGUCUCCUUUCAUGAGCUUAAUUCUAUCUUUGGUUCUCAAUCUUUAUUUCUAGUUGAUUAUCAAAAAGCACUCAAACUUUGUACUCUUCUUUAUUGAGGAAUAAAAAAUAUUUCCUGCACAGGAAACUCUGAAUUUCUUACAGUAUUAAGACCCAGCUCAGCAAUGUAUUUUAAUUUUUAUGUUAAAUUGAGUAAGUACUUAAAAUGUGCACUUGUGAAAAGGGUUCACUAGUUUAGAAUCCUAAUUUCCACAGGUGUGGUGCAAAAGUGUUAUUGGAAAGCACAGUCCAAAGACAUUGUAAUAAUCUUUGUGAGGCAGUAAUUCCAUAGCUAGUGUGGAAGGAUGUUUUUUUGAGUAGCUGUCUUUGAGCCACCUGUCCAUGUGCACUCAUGCCCUUGAUACUACUUUGAGGGUAGCAUCUCUCUUUCUGUUGAAGCAUUGCAGUAGUUUGUUUAUCAACUAUAUUUCUAUACCACCUGACAUGUGCAUCCCUGCGGUGUACACAAGUUAAACUACAAUAUAAAAACAGGAUAAAAUUCUUAAAACAAUUACAAUAUAAAAUCAAUUAAAAUUAAUUUAAAAAACAUGAGAAAACAGGUGGGUCUUAAGGGUUAAAAAAAAACAACAGCCAGAGAUGGAGAAACUCUGAUUUUAACAGGGAAUGCAUUCCAGAGCCCCAGGCAGCCACAGAGAAUGCCCCAAGUAGCCACCAAACAAGCCAGUGGUAGUUGUAACUGGACCUCCCCAGAUGAUCUUAAUAGCCAGGAGGUUUCAUGACAAAGGAGGCACUCUCUUAAAUACCCUGGGCCUAAGCCAUUGAGGGCUUUAUAGGCAAUAGUCAGCACUUUGUAUUUUGCUUGGAAACACAAUGUGCAGCCAGUGCAGUUCUUUUAAGAUUGGUGUUAUAUGCUCUUUUCAGGUUACUCUGGAGACCAGUCUGGCUGCCACAUUUUGCACCAACUCUAGUUUUUGGAGUAUGUACAAAGGCAGCCCCACAUAGAGUUCAUUACAGUAGUCAAGCCUGGUGGUUACCAACAUAUGUCCCACUAUUUUAAGGUCAUUUUCCUGCAGAAAUGAGCAUAGCUGACAUAUCAACCUAAGCUGAUUUUUAAAAAAGUGCUCCUGGCCAGUGUCACCCCAUUCAGAACAGGCAGAACCAUCUCUUGAGUUCUGACCCCUCCAUCAGUACCUCUGUCUUAUUUGGAUUCAAUUUCAGCUUGUUAUUCCUCAUCCAGUCCAUUACUGCCUCCAGGCAGGCAUUUAGGGAAGUUAUGCAUUACCUGAUGAAGUUGAUAUGGAGAAAUGGAUUUGUGUGUCAUCAGCAUACUGAUAACACCCUGCACCAAAUCGCCUGAUUAUCUCUCCCAUUGAUUUCACGUAGAUGUUAAAAUACGUUGGAGACAUACUCUGGUUUCUUUUCAGAUCGUAUAAAAAUGCAUUGGAGACAGUAUGGAGCCUUGUGGAACUCAAUACAUUAACACCCGCUUUGCACAGCAGUCUCUGAGUGACACCAUCUGGAAUCUGCUAGAGAGAUAGGAAUGGAACCACUGUAAAACAGUGCCAUCCAAUCCCAACUCCCUCAGGCAACCCAGAAGGAUACCGUGGUUGAUGGUAUCGAAAGCUGCCAAGAGAUCCAAAAGGAUCAACAGAGUCUCUCCCCCUCUAUCAAUACCCAAUUGGAGGUUAUCCAUUAGGCUGACCAAGGCAGUCUUCAACCCUGUAGCCUGUCCGAAAGCUAGUUUGAAAUGGGUCUAGAUCAGGCCUGCUCAACUUAGGCCAGAGUUACUCUGCUGUUACUCAGUGAAUUAUAAAUCAAGUGAUUCUAGCCGACCCACACAGAGCAUCUGUGCGCUCUUUGCGACCGGCUGUUCCCCCCUCCCUCCUGCCCCAUUCUCCCCCCUCCCCCUCCCACCCCAUUCUCUCUUGCCCUCACACCCAAUUCUCUCUUGCCCUCUCUCCCACCCAAUUCUCUCCUGCUCUCUCCUCCCCACCCAAUUCUCUCCUGCCCUCCCUUCCCCUCCUGACCCACUCUCUCCUGCCCUUCCUUCCCCCUGCUCCCACCCCUCUCCCUCCCCCACUCUCUUGUCUCCCCCUCCUCCUCCCCCUUGCUCUCCCUCCCCCCUUGCCCUCCUUCCCCCCUCCCUCUUGCCCUUCUCCCCCCCUCCCUCUUGCCCUCCCCUCCCCACACUGAGUACCUUACCUCCACUGCCACAGGCCAGGCCCUCCUUACCAGGUGGCGGCCGGCCAAAAAGGCCCCCGCCGCCACCAUUCCUCCUCUUGGGUGGCAAACAGGGAAGUUCCUCUGCCUGGUUCCCUCCUGCCCCAGCCUCCCACAGGCGCCUUAGCUCCAUGGGUGCCUCCGCUGCCAGCCCGCCGCUGCCUCCUCACCUCUGCAGCUGGGCCCGCAGGCCUGCUGCCGGGCCAAGUACCAGCCUCGCAGCCCGCCACUUGCCUCCCAGUGCCAGCCAUUUCCAGUGGACCCCGCCGCCGUGCCACCAUGACUUCGCCCACUGCCGCCUCGCCUUCACAGCCAGGGCUGAGUACCGGUUCUGCUUCUGCGGCCCACUGCUGGCCUCCCAGUGCCAGGCCCGCCACCGCCAUUGGCCUGCUCCCCAGCCAAUCAUAUUGGUUUGCCGGGACGCACAUUCCACGGCACAUCCAGGAAAAAUAAAUAUAUAGAUACAUUGUUGAUAUACUUGAUAUACAAGUGGUAUACCCAGAGGAGGCGGACCUCCUCCAUGUGCCCCUGCCAAACGAGGUGAGGCGGGCAGCUAUUAAGAGGGCCUUUUCGGUGGUUGCACCCUGUUUAUGGAGUAGUCUCCCCAGUGAGGUUCACCAGGCUUCAUCACUUUCUUUUAGACAUCAGUUAAAGACAUUUUUGCUCAUCCAGGCCUUUUAAAUGUCAGUUUUUCAGAUUUGAUCUGAUUUUUACCUAAUUUUAAAAUGAGUUUUUAAGCUGCUUUGUAUUGUAUUUUGUAUUUUAUUUUCUUCUUUUCUGUCUGUUAUUAUUUAAUGUGUUAUGUGUUUUUAUUGUCUCUUUUAAUCCUCUGUUGUGAGCUGCCCAGAGAACAAUAUGUUAUGGGGCAGCUAACAAAUAAAGUCAUUUCAUUCAUUCA